AUGGUUCACAACACUCUCGUCGAUAACUGCGCUCCGACCGACGAAAAAGAAUUAAAGAGGAUAUCUACUCUGGAACAACGUGUGGCAGAGUUUGAGAAUACUUUGCUGCGGACGGCAGCGGCCGCCCUGGAGAAACGUGUGGCAGAGUUGGAGGUGUCUUUAAAGGAGUCGAAUGAGGAGUGCGAUAAGUUGCGAAAGACGAUAGUGGAAAUGGGGAGUGCCAGGAAGAGGGAUACUGUUCCUGGUGCGAAAGAGGAAAAUGUUUCGGAAAAGGUGGACUUCACCUCGGAGAGCGGUGAUGAAAAGGACAAUGAAAAGGAUACAUUUGAAAGUUCCGAUGAGCAGGAGGACAAUAAUUCAGAAGUCUCCGAUACGUUAACAUCAUUACCCGAGAAUGUAGUAUUCGAUGAUAGGGAGGCUGAGGUCAUAUAUGGACGAAUAUUAAAGUUAGUUGAGAACAUGAAGUCCGAUUGCACGAAGGCGAUCAAUCUCAAAAUUCCUACGAUGAUGCCUGGUCGCUCAAGGGCGCCCAGCGUGUCGGGCGUAUUCAUUCCCUCUCGUCCCUCCACACCUUCCAACGGUCAUCAAAUAUCUCCAAGCAUUUCCAACAGUCCCACGCGGAUGGUCACCCCAUCAAGGGUUCCAAGUUUGCCUUCGUUAAACGGCUCCCGGCCAAGCACCCCUUCUUCCGGUGCAUACUCACUCAUAAAUUCAAUAGGCUCCCUAUCCUCAUCACCACAAAGCAGUCCGGUGAUAGCACACAACCUAAGAAGGAAGUCCUCAUCUAUAUCAAGACCAAGGACACCAAAUUGGUCGCCAAGUUGCAGUGCGCCCGGCACUCAAUCUCCACCAUUGUGCAACGGAAUAAGCAUUCAAUCGAAUCACCACGCGAGCAUCAUAUCCUCCGGUGUUCCAAAAUCCACAAACAUUCCGAUGCACAUCCCAUCAAUGCGCAAUUGUCUUUUUAUCAAAGAAGUAAUUUAA